AUGCGUCUUGCUGCUCGACUGGGAAAGGUCAAACUCAGGGGACAAGGGAGAUGGGAAUCCGGCGGCCUGGUGCUGGCGUUGGUGCAUGGAGGGGGAUUUGGGGAGUCUCGCCUGAACAAGAAAGCAAAGCCAGGUAUCCGUCCUCUGUACAGAGUACCUCUGCCUUGCAGCCAGUCUCGAGGUCAGGGUUCUGGCCUCGACAUUUUGGACUGGCCCGUCUUCGACUACCUACCCAUCUUCCUUACCGUGUCUAAUAUUCAGACGACACCCCAUCCUUCUCUCUUUCACUCGCACACGCCGCCUAUUGCUUCUUUCAUCGUUUCUUUUCCGGCUGGCAGACCUGGCUGGAACACGGCCUUUGCUCUCUGCAGAAACGACACUUGCCUCACUCCCAUCCACUCUCGCACUCCCUCUUCCACUUCCAUUUCCAACCCAAUCACUGAAGCCAAUCCACAGAUACCUGCGUCUUCUUACUGUGCAUCCACACCCUUGAGCCCCCCUUGCCCAGGUCUCUUUGGCUGCCAGUCGCUCCUCACCCCCUCCCCUCCCUCCUUGUACUCACCCUCCUCGUCCGUGUGUUUCCCCAAGGCAAGGAGCCUCGCGCACUCCUGA